AUGGCAUCCAUUUGCAAACCAAAAUACCCUCGCGCGAGAGGUGUUGAUGCAGCUGACUUGAUCUCAUUCAUGUUGGAGCUUAGUUUUCAUGUCAUUGGGGAGGCAUAUAAUAUAAACACAGUGACUAAUUUUCAAAGGAACAUAAUUAAGGACCUAGCAGACCUUGGACUGGUCAAACUUCAACAGGGAAGGAAAGAAAGUUCGUUCAUACCAACGAAAUUGGCAACCAAUCUUUCAGUGAGCUUGUCUGAUUUAACAUCUAGAAAACAGGGAUUUGUGGUUGUGGAAACAAAUUUUAGAGUUUAUGCAUACUCAUCUUCAAAAUUACAUUGUGAGAUAUUGCGGCUGUUCUCAAGGAUAGAGUAUACACUUCCAAAUCUUAUUGUUGGAGCUAUUACAAAAGAAAGCUUGUAUAACGCUUUUGAAAAUGGCAUUACAGCAGAUCAGAUAAUCAGUUUUCUUCAGCAGAAUGCUCGUGCUCGAGUUGCAGAGAGGAUACCAUCUGUGCCUGAAAAUGUCACAGAUCAGAUUAGACUGUGGGAAUCAGAUCUAAACAGAGUUGAGAUGACAGAAGAAUAUUUAUAUAUAAGGGUUAUUUUGUAA